AGGAUGAGGUGAGACAACUAUGUUUCCAUUUAAACUGUUUUUAUUCUGUCUAUAUUGAUAGAUUUUGUUUAUUUUCCUCCACUUAGGUCCCCUCCUCCCCCCGAAUAUCAUGCAUCUAUAUUCUUUUCGGCACAAACGCUCAGUGAAGAUAGCAGUUUCCAGUUUCCUCUGUUUGUCCUUCAUCAUACACUUCUACUUCAGCUACACAGCGACGCCUCAACACCCAGACCUUCCCUCGGGAAACGGGAAGAAUCUCAGAGGAUCAAUCCAGUCAGGCAUGUUUACGCAUUCCUCUGUUCCCAAAUGUCCUCCUGGGUUUUACAGCCAACAGGAGCUCAGGCCUCACCUCCGGAGGCCCUUCCAAGAUCCCUGGGAACCGGGAGCAGGUGGUAAACCCUUCGUGUGGCGUGGCAUGACUGCAGAGGAAGAGAAAGAGGAAUCGAGAGGUUACAAGAAAAACCAGUUCAACCAGUUCGCCAGCGAUCGUAUCUCUCUGCACCGGAAUCUGGGAGAAGACACGCGGCCUCCGGACUGCUUGAAGCAGAAGUUUUUGAGGUGCCCCGGCCUUCCCACCACCAGCGUGAUUAUAGUGUUUCACAACGAGGCCUGGUCCACCCUGCUCAGGACCGUCUACAGCGUCCUGCACACAGCGCCUGCUGCUCUGCUCGCAGAGAUCUUACUGGUAGACGACGCCAGCACAGAUGAUCACUUAAAAGCUCCCUUGGAUGAGUACUUGCGGAAUCUGCAUACGGUGCGUGUUCUACGUCAGAAGGAGAGAAAAGGCCUGAUUACAGCCAGGCUGAUGGGGGCCCAGGCUGCUCAAGGGGAGGUCCUCACCUUCCUAGAUUCCCACUGUGAAUGUUUCCCUGGCUGGCUGGAGCCUCUUCUGGCUCGAAUCGCUCAAGAGCCCACAGCCGUGGUGAGCCCAAAGAUCAACAACAUCGACUACAAAAGCCUAAAGUUUCACAAACCGAACCCUGCACCGCAAAGCUACAGCCGAGGAAAUUUUAACUGGAGGCUCAAGUUUGGGUGGGAGCGUGUUCCAGGGGAGGAGAAGAAGCGCAGGAAGAACGAGACGAGCCCUAUAAGAACUCCUACCUUUGCUGGUGGUCUUUUCUCUGUUUCGAAAACCUACUUUGAGCACAUUGGAACCUAUGAUGACCAGAUGGAGUUCUGGGGAGGAGAGAAUCUAGAGAUGUCUUUUAGGGUUUGGAUGUGUGGAGGCCUCUUAGAGAUCAUUCCUUGUUCUGUCGUCGGCCAUAUUUUCCGCAAGAAGAGCCCCCACAGCUUUCCAAACGGUAGUGCAACAAUCCUCCGCAACCUGGUACGCCUGGCUGAGGUCUGGAUGGAUGAGUACAGAUGGGUCUUCUAUCGUACCAACAGAAAGGCUGCUUCCAUUUUUCGGGCAGAUUCCUACGGGGAUGUUUCCGAACGCCGUAAACUCAGAGAAAAACUGAACUGCAAAAACUUUUCCUGGUACCUAAACAAUAUUUACCCAGAGGCAUAUCGCCCUGACAUCAGGCCCAUAAUCUAUGGACAAUUAAACAACACCGGAUAUGGCUGCCGGCUGGAUGUGGAAAAGACCAAAAAGCGCUGGGAGGCGGGCCAAAUACUCAAAUGUAACAACCGACAAGAAGCGCAGUAUUUUGAGUACACCUCCCAGAAAGAGAUUCGACUCAGUGCUGGCAUUGAGUUGUGCUUACAUGCAAACCCUGAAAUGACUUUGGUUUUUCUUGAGUCAUGCAAAUCGAAGGGAAAAGCAGCUGCAGAGCAAGUCUGGAUCUUCACAAGGACAAACCAAAUGAAGAACCCUUCAUCGGGCAAGUGUGUGUCAGUCGCCGGUGGCAACGUGAUUUUGUCCAGGUGCAAAUCCACCUCAGAGAGUCAGAGCUGGGUCUUCAUCCGGGCGAAGUAAAAGGCAUGUUGCCUGCUUCAGCUCCGCUCAUACGCUGUUAUCCACAUUAAAACUGACACUGUGUCCUGAACACUGUUUAAAUAUAAAUGAACAAGGAAGAUAGUGCAAAUGAAUCCAAUCUAUGUGCUGUGAAAAACAACCUUUUGAUACUUAUCCAGUUCAUAAAAGCCCAGAGAGUGUUAUCUAUACGUAAAAUGUUUUUUUUCUGUUUACUUUUCCUCCUUGUGGCUCAGACAGGAGAUUAUUGCAGGCGCAAAAAGUGAGCUGUGGUUAUCAGUGCCAGGCAGCCGAACAUUGCACAGGACCUAAAGCAGAAUAUGAUUUAGAGU